AUGAGCCGAGGAUAUGACGAACUCAAACCAGAAGGAGGAGGCUAUGAUACAGUGGAGCCGGCGCAUGGCUACGUGACGAUGAAGGAGGCGCGCAGAAAGGAAAGCUCAUCCUCCAAGGACAAACGCACAAAACCAUCGGAGUCUUCAGCUUCAGUUUCCAGGAAAAGAAGGAAAGUUCGCGGCGAAGGGACAACUACAUUUAUGUUACGACUUGAAGCCUCGAAUAUAUCCAAAGUUAAUCUUCUAAUGACAACUCUGGCGGUAUUUUCAACGAUGUAUAUCAUUUGUUGUGCUCUUGCUGCUCUCAUUUUACUGCACCAUAACCGCGUUGUUGACUGGUUCCCAAUAGUGACUGAAGUCACUGGUGAAGGAUGGGAAAUCCCGGAAGUACCGGAAUGA